AUGCCCCCCGAGAUAGCGGAGGAGCUUGGGGAGAACCUAGAAUAUGCACACAUGCUCCAGAUGGUUGGAUCAUCCCGAACGAUCUUCCACAUGUGCGGUCGGCCUGAUGUGGUGCGGAUGAUCGACGAUCCAGCCUAUGUCAUUGACGAUGAGUUUGUGGCUAUCCCAAUCGGGUGUUUUCCUGUCUCUUUUCUUCUAUCCCGCUACCAGGAAGAAGGCAUCUUUCCCUGGGAUCAUGUGCCCAGGCUACAGAGUGGUGCAGUGAGAAAAUGCUCGAUCCCUGCCUCGGUUACAGGGACGGUGACCACGCAGGAGCUUAAGACACUUUAUCCCUUCUCGCGACAAAUGACUAGUGGUGAAACAGUCAAGGUAGCACGAGUUCAGGAUCAUCGAAACUUUUUCAAAUUUGAGAAGAAUGUGAUUGCUCAUUUCACGGAUGGCCUUCUGCAGCGGAAGGAUACGUUAUUCCGAGGACUGAGCCUGUUUGCUCUCGAACAAUCCCUGGCCUUCUUCCUCCCCGUUAUAAGCUCAACCAACGCUGACAACGAAUUUGGGCCGGGGAUCUACACCACAGAAAGUCUAUUCACGGCCAAGAAAUAUGCCGGCAGGACCGGUGCCAUCAUGGUCUUUAGUGCACCGGAGGAGCGACGCCUAAAAUGUUGGGAACCCACGGACCUUCCUCCGGUCUAUCAGACCGCAGAUGUCAUCAAGGGAGUCAUGUCGGCGGAUCAAUCCAAGGCACAGAGGCAGAACCGAUUUCUAAACCCAGACAACACCAAGCAGACAGCCUUUGUCUCGUACCAUGGGUGUGAGAGCUUGAGACGCGAACUCAAAGCCAUCAUCUUCAUCGAGUGGUCGAAAUGA